UGUGCGCUCGCGCGGGGCCGCGUCUCGCCUUGUGCUGCUGUUGCCACGACGUCGAGCUCACCCUCAGAACAACUCCUCGAGCUGCAAAGAUGAGCGACAAACCCGACAUCUCGGAGGUGACCAGCUUCGACAAGAACAAGCUGAAGAAGACGCAAACUCAGGAGAAGAACGUCCUGCCCACAAAAGAAACCAUCGAACAGGAGAAGGCCGCGGCGACGUCGUGAAGCCCCUCGCCAUGCGCCGCGUGCCCCCUCCCGUCCCCGCCUCUCUCCUUCCUUCCUUGCUUCCUUCCUUACUCCCUGCCUUCCGCAUGGCCUUGUUUUCAUCAGUCACCUCUCCUCGCUGUAUAACUUUGUAACCGAAAACGAUGACCGAGCCACCCGCUCCCGCAGACAGACGCCGCCGCAGGUCGACACAGCCACGCCGCCAUCUUGGUCUCUUUUUUUUUUCUUUUUUUUUUUGGGUCCCGAGGGAUGAAGAAGCGGAGGAGGAGGUCGAGUCUCCCGGAGGUGCGGGUCUCCGCCGCAGAGAGGUCGAGGAGGCGACGGUCGGAAGCACGUCGUCGCCGCCGCCGCCGCCCGACUUCCUGCGUGGCCACUUUCGCGCCAAACAAAAAGGCGUCCGGCUUUCUGCUCUUAUGUCGUCUUUGUAAUUCUCGGAAAUGCACACGUUUGUCUGUACGCUAGUCAAAAUGUUCAUGAACGCCCUUACAAAUUUGACGGUUGUAUGUAUGUUUUUAUUUCUUUAAAAACAAAAACGGACCUUGUUUUGUGGUUAAAAUGUACUUUGGCUCCGUUUGUUUGAGUGAUUCACGAUUUUGUGUCACAAUCUGACGCGCGAGGGAAAACAAAAAGUGUCACUUGAGUCGACGCGCUCUUAAGUCAAUCCUUGGAAGUUGUUGUUUUUUUCGAAAGUCCCAGCAGUCACGUUGCUCCGCCGCAAUCCAUUGCAAGGAAUGGAAGAACAUGAAAUGUUGUAAUAAAAAACAAAAGAAAAAAAAAAUUUGCUACCAAGA